CUUAUCGUAUUGCAAAUAGAAUUGUAAUCCUAUAAAUUAAUUCAAUAUUGAAUUAAUAAUGUGCAGUAAUGUAGUAGAAAAACCUUUAAAAAUGUGGCUCUGAAAGUGUAAUGUGUUGUUAAUAUACCCAAUUACUCCUACAUGUGGCAGUCGGAGCCAGCUAUGACGACAAAACAUUUUAUACUCGUCUGUUUACUAUUUUUCUGUUCGUCAACUCUGGCUUCAGACGAGCCGAAGGAAUUCGUGGUAGACUGUAGUACAUUAAGGUUAGGGCAGUACAUUUGCCCGGAUCCGGGCAUAGACCAAAUAGAUCCCGAUACGCAGCAGUUUAGAGGCUGUUCUCCUGGGAAAGAUGUACCUUCAGAGGGGGAGGCAGAAGUGUUAUGCAGAGCUGCUGACGGAAUAAAAUGUGAAGGAACCUCAAAUUCCACAUUCAAAAGAAAGAUGCCAUGCAAAUGGACAAACGGGUACUCGUUAGAGAUAGCGCUGCUGCUGUCCGUGUUCCUAGGGAUGUUUGGAUUGGACCGGUUCUAUCUCGGAUAUCCGGGCAUCGGGCUGGCAAAGUUGUGCACCUUAGGGUUCAUGUUCUUGGGGCAGCUGUUGGAUAUUAUCCUGAUAGCUGCACAGGUUGUAGGUCCAUCAGACGGCUCAGCCUACGUCAUCCCCUACUACGGCGCCGGCGUCACAGUCAUCCGCAGCGACAACGAGACCUACCUCCUACCGCAGACCGACUGGCACAACAUCACUUGACAGUGGGGCACGAUCUCUUUUGUCGAAGAUGAGGACUAUGAGUGGACUUGAUUGUGGGAGUUCUAUUAUGUUGGUUAAUUUUAUUUUUGGGGUCCAAUAUUUUUAACUGAGGGCCUGAUAAGCCAAUUUUGUUAGCAGUACCUAAAAUUCCGCAAUUUUUUUAAAUGUUGGCACAAAGUGACAACAUUUCAAUUUCCCACCUUUUUCUUCUGUCAAAUUUGUUUGCCAGGUUUGUCGUAGGCCAGAUUGGAAGGUUCGCGGGCCGUACUUGGUUUACUAAUGUAUUGCCAAAAAUCGUUUCCCAAAGUAUUACUUCCCAAACUUUUUUACGCAAAUUAUCAUUUGGCAAAAUUUCAUUUCGCAAAUUUUCAUAAUCCAACCUAACCUAACCCAACCUAGUACGUCAUUUUCAUUUCGCAAAUAUGGGGUUGGGAAAUGAAAUGGUUGCGAAGUAAAAAACUUGCUAAAAUUUCAUUUGGGAAAUGAAACUGAUGCCAUAAGUUUGUUCCCGCCGUACUUUGAAGACCCUUAUUUUAACACAUUCUGAGUACGAGCUUCGUGUAUAGGUAUUUGAAGUGAAGCGGGAAUAUGAGAGAGGGGGCAGUUAAGCUUUUCUAUGAUUGCUUAGAGCUUGUGUGUUGGUUCUAUGUAACAAAGGUGAAUAUGCUAAGAAAUCAUUAAUUGGGGCUAGCGCAAAUGACGCGUCUUUUUGUAGUAAAAAAUAAUGAUCUCUUUAUAAUGAAAUCAAAGAGAGAUUGGGUGUGGCACAUUAGUCGUAGCACCAGCAGCAGUGUUCUUAUGUAAAGACUGCUUACCGGAAAUAGCCAGGUCCACACAGAGCGAGCAUACGCGCGAGGCAAUUUCUUCGCGCACAAAACGGCCAGUGUAGACAUGCCUCGGCCGAGGCGGCGCGCGCGAGGCACGUCUAAAAAUAGUAAAAAUGUCGAUACAAUAAGCGCGCCUAUGCUGUGUGUGGACCUGGCUAAUAUCAUAUCGUCGGAAGGCCCCCCAACAACAUACUGUUGCGCGACUUACGAAAUGAUGUCCAGGGGUGCUAGCCCCUCAGUUCGGAGAUCUUUAUAUCUCAAAAAAGACACCUCCCCGGUUUCUUUUUAGCCAGGGUAAAUCUUGGCACUAUGAUUCUUGUAGUUGACCUGUAUGUACCCUUGCCACGAGUCACUGACAGUGUCAACACUAACAUUUACGCUAAGGUCUAUGUAACUUACUUUCUAUGCAUCUUGCUCGUACUAACAUAUUAGUGCGAGCGAGAUGUAGGAUCAGGGGUCCCUGUGUGUAGACUUCUACAGGAAUGAAAUAGAAUAAAUUUUUGAGUGUUAAAAACUUAGUCUUAUUUUUACCCGCGUUUUAUAUUUACCCCACCUGACCCUAUAGAAAGAAAAUUACGUAGACUUUAGCGUAUAUGUCAAUGUUGACACUGUCAGUGACUCGUGGUACGGGUACUGAUGGCAGAAAAGAGUGUUCACAUUACUGGGCAUAGUGAGUGAGCUCUUAAAUUUUGUGAUAUAACGUAGACAUGUACAUUAUAAUUCAUAUGUAUACAUAUUUAAGUAUCUGCAUACCUUAAAUACAUGGCGAAAAUAGUAUCCUAGUCCAUUUAUCUUAAAAAUUGACAUUGUAAUACGUUCAUAACAUUGGUAUACUUAGUGCAAGUAGUGUAAUUUCACAAAAUCAGCCAUCAUAAGUUUGACUUUUUCACAGAGUUGAAAGGUAGGCAGAAUUAGAGUUAAGACAAUAUUGUGAUUUAAUAACACGUCGAUUUCCUCGUGUUCACAAGCGACACGCACACAUACACAGAACGAGGGCUGAGCGGUGAAUGACUAACCAGUACGUUAGUAUGUGUGCGUGCGAAAUCGGCUUGCCAUGAAGUCAUAAUUUUGCAUUAGCGACCCUACCUCUAUCUGUCAACUCUGGGUAUAAAAUCUAUAAAAGUUUCAUAGAUUUUGUGGUACUAAUCAGAGCGUUUUAGGCUAAGCCAAUUUACCUACCAAAUACAAAAUAAAACC